GAACAUUUCGUUGGACAAACAAUAUUCAUGGAAUCAAUAGUCAUUAAAACUCCUAAUGUUUCGCAUUCUUAGCCUUUAAUAACGUUGUAGUACAAUAGUCCUAAUCCACCAUUUGUCUUAGCUAGAGAAGAAGCAGCUAAUUAAACUUUUCCAAAUAAAAUUGCGAUACAAACCCUAAUUAGGAAAAAAAUGGGGAGUCAGCAGCAGCUAAGGAAGGAGGUGACAAAAGAAGAAGCCUCGUCAGGAUUAUUAUUGCCCAUGCAGAGCAGCUCUUACGUUAAAUACACCGAUUUGGAGGAGUACAAACUCCAUGCUUACGUCCGUGGUGCCGAAGAUCGCGGCGGCCUUCAGCCACGGCCGGUUUCCGGCAAUGGCGGCGCCUGCCCACCAAUGAUCGACGGCGCCUCUGCCAUCUCCGGCCAGAAGAUUGCCGCAGCAAUUGAGAAGAAACUCGCGUACAAAGUUACAGUGACUAUGAAAGACCCCUCAGGCACUGCAACAUUUGUUCUUUGGGACAAGGAGUGCAAGGAGAUAAUGGGUAUGUCCGCCACAAAAAUGAGAGAGAUUAUGAUCAAGCGAACCGGGGAUGACCGUGAGUUUCCGAAAGAACUUGAGCAAGAAGUACUUUCCAAGACCGGGCUGUUUAAAACUGUUUUGAGAAACGCCUCCCUCUACACUAAGUACGAAGGACCAAGGAGCUUUGGUGUGUUGACAAUGAUUACGGACCCGAAGACAAUUGCCAAGUACAAAUCCCCUGCAGCAGUUAAAGACGAGAUGGAUGGAUGGAAUGGCUUUGAUUUUUCAGAAUUCAACACAGAACAGAUUGCCUCAAAUGAAGAAGGCACAAGGCAAAUGAAUAAAGGCAAGGCAAAAGUUGUGGAAUGGAGUCUAGAAGAUGAAGAAUUUGGUAAGCUCCUCAAGGAUCAGAGCUCAACAACCAAACCCAGAAAGAAACCAAGAAAUGGGAUUGUUAUCGAAGAUCUUAUCUCCUAGAUUGUUAUCUACUAAAUUGUACUGUUUGCAGAUUUAUGUUCGUUAAAUAACAUGCACCCUAUGUCUGAAUUAUAUGCUAUGCACAAGUUCAACACAUCGGGGACAGUGCGUAUCUUAUUUUAGUCUUCCAGUGUGUUCCACACUUUGUUUGAAACCUGUGUGUGUCACAGGGGUGUUUUCUUAUAUAUUUAUAUUUACAAGACCCUUCAAACUAAGUUUCCAACCUGGAUAUGGCACAGGAAACAUGG